AUGAGGCAUUGGAUCGUUUCUACGCUCUUGCUUCUGCAGGCGAUUGCAGUUGCAUUUGGCAACGAACAGAAAGUACUAGGCAACGAGGAACCCAGCGAAGCUCUCGCGACACCCGACAACGCAGCCGCCGAACCCGUCGCCUUUCAGGGAGGAUGGACUCCAUACCAAAAUGGCUGGGAACUCGUCGAUGCCGCCUUGGCCGAAUUCCGAAAGAUUAAGACACAUUCGCAUCGAAAGAACAAGAAGCCCGCCGGCUUAUUUGGCACAGUAUUCCGUUAUGCUCUCAAGGCGCUCCCCAGCUUACGCGCCAGCGCACCUCCGGCUCCGGAAGAGCACGCGGGACCUGUCAUCACCGGGCCUCUUCUGGAAGGCGUGCGUCUCCUACAGCAAUCCGCCGAUUUGAAUAACACCGACGCCAUAUUCCUCCUGGGCGAACUCAACUUCUUUGGAAACUACAGCCACCCGCGAAACUUCAAGGCCGCCUUCGAUCAUUACUAUAGACUGGCUUCGGUGACAGGAAACAGUUCCGCCCAGUUCAUGGUGGGACUCAUGUACUCGACGGGAAUCGGCGAGGCUGUGGAAAAAGAUCAGGCGAAAGCAUUGCUAUACCAUACUUUUGCCGCAGACCAGGGUUACACGCGGUCAGAGAUGACUGUUGCUGCACGAUACACCAGCGGAAUCGGUGUGCCAAAGAGCUGCGACAUGGCCUGCAAAUACUACAAGAGAGUUGCGGACAAGGCCAUAGCAUGGAUUCGCUCUGGCCCACCCGGCGGCAUGCACAUUAUGCAAGAAUCAUAUCGACUUGCCGAUGAAGUUGGUGGCGUCUACGGCGAGGGUGCCAGUGUGGUCAGUUCCGGAAUUCAUGCCUUCCGCCACAGCCCGAACUCGGACGCCUACGCCGCCAUCGACGACGUGAUCGAAUAUCUCGACCUCAUGGCAAACAAGGGCGAUUUCAAAGCUGCCUUCAAUCUAGGCAGACUAUACUAUGAGGGCCAGCGAGAGUUGGAACGCGAUGUCGAGCUUGCUAGACACUAUUUUUUGAGUGUCGCCACGAAGCACUGGCGUGUUAAGGAUGGGCGUGUUUCCGACAGCUCAAAGCCUGGACUAGAAAAGUAUGCUUCGAAAGCUGCUGGUUAUAUUGGCAGAAUGUGGCUCAGAGGCGAGGGCAUGAAGCAAAGUUACGGUAAUGCCAAAAAGUGGUUCGAGCGUGGCAUUGAGCAUGGUGAUGCUCAGUCGCACUGGGGCCUGGCUGUCAUGGCUCUCAAAGGCUACGGAAUGACCAAGAACGUCGCGAGGGCCACAGAGCUCUUUAAGGCUGCCGCCGACCAAGACUUUGGCCCUGCGCAAGUUGCCCUAGGCGCCCUGCACCUGGAUCAGGGAAAUAACGAUGAUCUCAGGAUUGCCAGUCACUAUUUUGAGAGCGCCGCUCGUUAUGGCAAUGUCGAGGCAAUGUACUACUUGGCAGAAAUGAUGCACCACGGCGUGGGCAGGGACAAGACCUGUACCAGCGCGCUGAGCUACUACAAGCUUGUAUCCGAAAAAGCCGAGCCUUUUGUCUCAUCUUGGGCCGAAGCCAACCAUGCUUAUGACGACGGAGAUAUCGAGCUCGCUAUUCUCGACUAUGUCCUUGCUGCCGAGCAGGGCUACGAAAAGGCCCAGAACAAUGUAGCUUACAUCCUGGAUUCUGCCCAGUCACGACUACCACUACCAUCGUGGCUCAAGACCCAGGCUCCAAAGUCAAAGCUAUUGCAGGACUCGGCGCUCGCCCUCAUCUAUUGGACGCGAUCUGCCGUCCAGUCCAACAUUGACUCCCUGGUCAAGAUGGGUGACUACUAUCUCAGCGGUAUCGGGACUGAUAUCGCAAUCGACAAGGCAGCGCAAUGCUAUACUGGAGCAUCGGAACAUUUCCAGAGCGGGCAAGCCUUGUAUAACCUCGGGUGGAUGCAUGAGCAUGGUGUAGGGCUGAAGCAAGAUUUUCACCUUGCGAAGCGGUACUAUGACCAUGCUCUGGAGACCAAUGACGAGGCAUAUCUUCCAGUCUCGAUCAGUCUAUUGAGAUUACGAAUACGCAGUGCUUGGAACACAUUCACGAAUGGAGACAUCAAUUCUAUUCGUGAUGAGCCAUCCAACAAGAAGGACUGGUCGCUGAGUGAAUGGGUUGCCAACUUUCUAUCCGACGAGCGCUUUAUGCAAUAUGACGAUGCAUAUGACGACCUGUAUGAUGAAGGUAUCGUUGGUUCAGACGGCCAGGGCUUUGACGAGGAGGACCUCGAAGGCGUCAUUGACAGCUUGGUCAUCCUUUUCGUGGCUGCCGCUAUUGUUGCGCUGGUCUGGUAUCGUAACGCGAGACAGCAAGCACACCGACAGGCGGAAGACAACGCAGCAAGAGGAAGGGCUGCCGGAAGGCCGCCGGCGCCGCAACCGGGAGCAGCACCCCAACCGAAUAACCCGGGACUGGAUCCAUUCAUGCCGCUCGGAGCUGGAGGUAUAGGGCACUAG